GCUGUACUUAUGAUUAUUCGUUGCAUUGAGAACCACAAUAGUGUCUAAUACUCAAUUAAUUCUGAGCAACAGACUAGACAUGGCUAGUGGUCUGGAGAUCAUCAACAUAGAGCAGUGGAUCGGGGAGAAUAUGUCUUCUUUCCUCCCUCCAGUCUGCAACAAGCUUAUGCAUGGUGCUGGUCAACUCAAGGUGAUGUUUAUAGGAGGCCCCAACCAGCGGAAGGACUAUCACAUUGAAGAGGGGGAGGAGUUCUUCUACCAACUCCAAGGAGACAUGUGUCUCAAGGUAGUCGAGAAAGAUGCACACAAAAACGUCCACAUCAGGCAGGGAGAGUGCUACCUACACCCGAGUCGGAUCCCCCACUCUCCUCAGAGGCUGAACAAUACAGUGGGACUCGUGAUUGAGAGGGACCGCUCCAAGGACGAGACUGACGGACUCAGGUACUAUAUUGAUGGUACGACUGACCCACUGUGGGAAGAGUGGUUCUACUGUUAUGAUCUGGGCACUCAGCUGGGACCUGUCAUCAAGAAGUACUUUGCUUCAGAUGAGCACAAGACUGGCCGUCCACCACCAGGCAAGGUGUUUCCCAAGCCUCCAGUGGACAUUGAUGUUACCACUGUAACAGACAAGCCAUUCAGCAUGUCUCAAUGGAUAUCUGAUCAUCGGGAGGAGAUAGUUGAGAAUGGAUCAAAGGAUUUGUUCAACAACGGAGAGUUCAAGAUUGUGAUGUGGGGAGGGGGUGAGCAGAGGGGGGAAAACAUUGGAGCCUCUGAGACGUUUCUAUGGCAAAUGGAGGGCGAGGCGGAGGUAUCCAGUAGCUGUGGGUCUGGAGUGAUGAAUGAGCAGGAUUCCGUUCUCCUUAAGGCCGGAGAAAAGUACACUGUGUGCAGAGAGCCUGACUCCAUUGGAAUGUGUGUCACCACCAACCCUCUUGCCAACAAGAAGAAGUAAAUAUUGGUUGUUUGAACAGUGGAACUCACUUAGUAUAUACCCCACCCUGUGUAUGUCAAGUUAUGGACAAAAAUUAUUAUUAGGUCAAAAAUAAUUAUUACAAAAAUAGUUUGUGUCUAUAAUUACAAUAACUGUGUGUAUAACCUUA